UUUUACAACAACAAAAGCAAGAAAAAAUGCAUGCAAGUAGUGUAUAAAAAACAAGUAAACACCAAAAACUACACAUUUGUUGAGAAAUUCCAAGCAGUUUGCCCGAGUGACUGCAGGAACUCGUUAAAUUGUGGCAAGUGUAUUUCCACAAGGCCUCCGACGAGCUGGCCGGAGCCGCACAGCUGUCAUCGCAGCUGCCACUCCCCGUGCAGCACAGCAACAACUAACACACAGUUUAAGCUAAAGCAUUGCGCGCAAGCCGAAAAAAAAUAUUAAGGAACAUUGUGCUACAUGCCACCAAUUUGUCGAUUGUGCAACAGUGCUGAACACAAGCAAAUAAAAAGCAAAGAAAAAUGCUGAAAAAUUGAAUGUAAACAACGUUAACCGCAAACAUACAACAACAGCAAUAACACCGCUAAUCAAAAUUGCAGCGAAGAAUCAUUUAUCCGCAAAUCUGCAAGCAUCUUACUAGCCUGCAAGUGCAUGUGUGUGUGUGUGUGCAUGUGCUUGUGGCAUAUUGCACAAUUCUUCGCCGUUGUCUGGUGAGCAAUUAAGCACGCUUACACCGAUUGCCAGCCAGCCCGGGCAGCGUACGAGCGCACCACGCCAUGCCACUGCCAAGCCGCUGGCCAAGUCAAGCACCUGAACGCUCGCGCCACACAGCUGCAUAGCAUCCACAUAUGCUGUGCUGUUGUUGUAAUCAUAUAUGCAUAUUAAACGUACACAUAUAUGUACAUAUGUACAUGUGUGUUGGUGUAACUAAGCCAGUGCUUUCGUGUGUGUGUGUCCAUCAUUGCAGCGCAUGUAUGCCAGAAAUGCGACGCAACAACAGCGCACACACACUCAUACAAACAUACUAAACGCGCAUAUAAAGGCAUUUGUAUAUAAAAAGUAGCCAUGAGUGCGCCUGUGUACGGGUUUUGCAAUUGCAACUGCUCGCAGUGAACUAAAAACGAAAAACGAAAAAUAAAAAUAAAAACGAAAAUAGUGCAAUAACAAAAACAAAUCGGACGAAACUUUGGCAAAAGUUUAAGAAACGAAAAUCACAUAAAAGUAUUUAGCGAAAAGCUAGCAACAACAAACAGUGCUUCAUAGUUGCAGGAGAAGGAAAACGCAAAGUCAAUAAAAAAAAACCCACACACAAACACAGUCCACUUCGUAUAUGUGAUUAUGGGGUACAUCAUGCGGCGCUUUCUGCGGUCGGCCAUGAUCGUCUUCAGUUGGUUCGUUGUACCGUACAGUCGCUUCACCAACAUCAAAGUGAACCGCAAAAAGUUGCCGCCCAUACGGAGUCACCUGCUGGAAAUACCCGCUGUCGAUUUGGCCAAACUGAUUCGCAAUGGAAAGAUCAAAAGCGAAGAGGUGGUCGAGGCGUACAUCGAGCGGUGUAAGCAGGUGAAUCCUUUGAUUAAUGCGAUUGUGCAAGAUCGCUUCGAAGAGGCGCUUGAGGAGGCACGUGAAACUGAUCGCCUCAUCGCGUCCGGUAUCAACACCAUCGAGGAGAUGGAGGAGAAUACACCAUUGUUAGGCAUACCCGUAACGGUAAAGGAGAGUAUCGCCGUCAAGGGUUUGACCAAUCAGGCGGGACGCGUUUUCAAAACACCACAGAUUGCUAAAUCGGAUGCGCCUGUGGUGGAACAGAUCAAACGUUGUGGUGGCAUAAUAAUGUUGGUAUCGAAUACACCAGAGCUGUGCCUACUAUGGGAGACCUACAACAAUGUGACGGGACAAACGAAAAACCCUUACGAUUUGAAGCGCACACCGGGUGGCUCUUCGGGUGGUGAGGCCGCUCUGUUGGCGAGUGGUGCUUCGUUGUUGGGACUGACCUCCGAUAUUGGUGGUUCAUCACGCCUGCCCGCCAUGUUCAGCGGCAUAUGGGGACACAAACCAACACCAUACUCCGUUUCAUUUAAGGGCCACCAUCCGACCAGCGAUUACCCGAAAUGGGGUGAUUUCUUCACAAUUGCACCGAUGACACGUUACGCUAAAGAUCUACCAUUAUUGCUCAAAUGCAUGUUAGAUCCUACCGGACCUAAGCUGACACUCGAACGUGAACUUAGUCCGCAGAGCAUACGUUUCUUCUUCAUGGAUAACGAUGGUCCAUCGGGCAUGAUGCGUCCGUUGAGUCGCGAUCUGCAUGCCGCCAUCAAUCGUGUGGCCACCGAUUUUAAUGCGAAACGUGUAAAUAUCAGAAAAAUGAAACUCUCCCUAGACAUCUCACUAUCCGCCAUGCUGACCAUGAAGAACAUCGAAACCAUCUAUUACAAAACAGAAGAAGGCGAACGUCCGAAAACCGUGUGCACCGAAACUGUAAAAUACUUCUUCGGCUGUUCGGAUAGCAUAUUGCCAUCGGUGAUAUUCGGACAUUUGCAAAACUUCAUGAAAAUCAUACCGAAUUCACGCCACAAGCACUUGGCCACUAUCAUUGAGGCGCUCAAGACUGAAUUCAAAGAGCUGCUCGGCAACGAUGGCGUCUUUCUCUAUCCAACAUUUCCGAAUACGGCGCAUCAGCAUUAUCAAAUCUACCACAAACUGUUGGAACCCAUGUAUAUGGCGAUAUUUAAUACGCUGGGCUUGCCCGUCACCAACUGUAUGAUCGGUUUGGAUCGACGUAAUCUGCCAAUGGGUAUACAGGUAGUGGCGAAUCCGGGACAGGAUCAUCUCUGCUUGGCGGUGGCGCGCGAAAUGGAGCGACGCUAUGGUGGUUGGGUGCGUCCGCCUUCAGAGGAGUCAGCGAAGCGUGUAUAAAGCAGCAGUGAGGAGCAAAAUGCGACAAAGAGAGAGAGAGUGAGAGCGAGAGCGAGAGAGUUCAUAUAUGUGUUAGGCGUAAGGUGCAAAGGAUGUGCCUUCAAAGCUAUGUCGGCAGUCCAAACUAUUUUAUUAAGUUCAAAGCGGUGCAGAUAUAAAUUGGGUUGAACUGCUAUGUACAUAUAUGUAUAAGAAGGAAUGUAGCGAUUGUGCCUUUAUACACCAUGGUGCCUCACUUGUGCUACACCUUUGCUCCGAGUUUGGUAAAGCUCUUGGACGUCAACUUUCUAAGCUUUGCGAAGCGACUGAUGUUACGUUAUAACAAAAAUAAUAUUUUCAUAAUUUUAUAUACUAAUAUAUAUAGAUUUAGCUAAAUUUGUAAAUUGGCAUCACAUUUUUGUAACUGUAAUUUAAUUUGCAUUUGCAUCACGAGUAUUUAUAGAACAAAAAACAAAACCUGCUUUUUUUCAUAAUAUGAAACUUUUGUAAAUUUUAAAAAUAUAUUUAAUGAGAAUUUUUCGUUGUUUAGGAUUUUUUGUUAAUUAUUGCUAAUAUUAUUAUUGUUUUAUUAAUCAUUUGAUUUGAAAUUUUUAUAGGCGUGAAUUUGAGUACAUACUGUGUGUGAAUUAGGUCUAGCAUAAAGAAUCCAUUAUUUUUCAAAUAUAUAUUAUUAAUCUGUAUUACGAGUUGUAUAACUGCGAUGAGGUUAUGCAAUAGAACGUUAGCAGGAUAAUAUUUUAUAAUAAAAAAAAACAUUCAGACAGUUUUGUGAUUGCUUGCUUAAGUAUUGUUAGAACGCUCCUCAAAGAUGGUCAUCAACAGAUAAAUAAAUUACGGCAAAAUUUAUAUUUUUUAUCGAUAUAAGCGAAAUCGCAAGCCAAGUGGCUGAGAAUGCGUUUGGGGGCCUGAUACUGCAGCAUGUUAUAUCAAAGAUACACAGAGCGAACUCUUUAAGGUCAAUUGUUUGCUAACAAAACCAAGCGUUUUCCCUAAAUCGGUUAAUUCUAACUACGCUAAAAAAGUCCCUCAAACUAUUGCAAAAAUAAUGGAUUGCUCGUUUCUAGACCCAAUAUUCACAAAGACAUGCACGAAACUCACCAAUAAUCUUAAAAACAAACACAAAAAAAUAUUAAAAAUAUUGCUAGCUUAUAUGCGAAUAACUGUCAUACAUCACGCACACUAUCAUAACAUAUUUGAUAAUGUUUUUUAUUAUAUUCAAUGUUCAUUUAAAAGAAUAUACAAAUGUAUCUUAAUUAAUUAAGCCAACAACAAUCCAAAAAGAUCCUAUCAUAUACGAUUAUACAUACAUAUAUUAUGAUUAUUGUAAAAAAAAUAUAUAUAUAAAUAAUUGCUAUACAAGUACUUGAAUAAAAACAUUAUUAUAGAUUGUGUAGAUACAUAUGUACAUACAUUUGUACGUAUGCAUGUAUAUACUAAAUGUAAGCAAGCAUGUGAGCUGAGUAAUUGCAUAACUAAAUAACGACCAACGGAUUUCGAAUAAACAAUCAGCGAAAAUUUCGAACAUACUA